GCUGACGUCAGGGGGUCGGGGUGACCAUGGACGGCGAUGGCGGCGGCGGCGGCUCCUGCGUCCCCUCGGCGUCUCCGCCCGCACUCACCACCCGCAGCAUGGAGCAUUGUUUCGCGGAUGGGUUCAAAGCUGUAGGAGUGCCGUGUGAAUCUGAAAUGCAGCAUGUAGAGCCAUCGACUGGCCAGCAAGUGCAGAACUCUGAAGGAGGUUGCAUGUGGCGAGUGACAGACAUGACUCGUCUGCGACGAUUCCUGUGCUUUGGUUCUGAGGGUGGGACCUACACCACCAACGAGGAGAAGCUGGGAAAGGAAAAUGCUCAGGCCAUAUUGAGACUGAUAGAAGAAGGCAAAGGUGCUGAAGUCAUCCAGGAAAUAAAGAGGUUUGGCAUCGAGCGAAGAGUGGCCACACAAGACCCUACUUUGUUUGCGUUGGCUCUUUGCACACAAUGCUCGGAUCCUUCAACCAAACAAGCUGCCUACAAAGCUCUGACUGAAAUCUGCUGCAUCCCAACCCAUCUGUUCACAUACAUUCAGUUUAGAAAGGAUCUCAGUGGAGGAAUGAAAUGUGGAAUCUGGGGAAGAGCCUUGAGGAAAGCAGUGGCAACCUGGUACAACAGUAAAGAUGGGAUGGCUAUUGCUAUGGCAGUAACAAGAUAUAAGCGGAAAGCUGGGUGGUCACACAAAGAUUUACUUCGAUUGUCACACCUGAAACCAGCUAAUGAAGAUCUCAUCCUGGUGACCAAGUAUAUCAUGAAGGGUUGGAAAGAAGUUGAAGAAGCGUAUAAGGAUAAGGAAAACUCAGAUGGAAUUCAGCGAUUGUUGAAGUACUUUGAAGCUUUAGAGAGGGUAAAAAUGUCUCGGGAUGAACAGGAGGUUGCUCAUCUAAUUGAGGAGUACCAGUUGGUCAGAGAGCACCUACUGACCGAUCACCUGAAGUCACAGGAGGUGUGGAAGGCAUUACUGAAGGAUAUGCCUAUUAUUGCAAUUCUUAAAAAUUUGGGGAAAAUGACUGCAGAGUCCAUCCUUAAGCCAGGAAGUGAAGAGGUUACUAUGUUAUGUGAAAGACUGAAAAAUGAGACCGCAUUAAAGAAGGCCCAAAUCCAUCCAUUUCACAUUUUGGUGGCUCUUGAAAUGUACAAAACAGGAAACAGAGGAAAACUAAAGUGGAUCCUCGAUCCAGAAAUAUUAGUCGCACUAAAUCAAGCAUUUUAUAAAGCUUUUAAGAAUAUAGAACCAACAGGGAAGCACUUUGUAUUGGCUUUGGAUGUGAGUUCUUCUAUGUGUAGCCACAUUCUGGGAUGCAGAGCUCUCUGUGCAUACAGCGUUGCAGCGGUUAUGUCAAUGGUUGUGAAACAAACAGAAGCCAACUCCACAAUUGUUGCUUUUUCCGAUGGAAUGGUUCCAUUGCACAUCACUUCUGAAAUGGCAUUGGAUAAAGUAUUAGCUGCGAUGCAUGUGGUUCCAUUUGGUUCCAUGGACUGCGCUCUUCCCAUGUUGUGGGCCGUUAAGACAAAAACUGCUGCAGAUGUGUUCAUUGUCCUUACUGGCAAUGAAACCUACUAUGGAAACAUACAUCCUGCAGAAGCUUUAAGAGAAUACAGAAAGAAAAUGGGCAUUCCAGCCAAAUUGGUUAUCUGUGGAUUGGGCUCCAAUGGAUUCAGCAUUGCUGACCCAGAUGACAGAGGCAUGAUGGAUAUCUGUGGCUUUGACAAUGGGGCUCUGGAGGUCAUUCGUAACUUUGCGUUAGAUUUGAUUUAAGUAUUGGAACAGUACUCCAUUAAAUUGUCUAGUUCACAGAGUAAUCACCCAUCAGGUUUCUAGGUUGGCUGCACAGCAGACUCACAUUUUGGGUUGCUAGAUUCUUAGUCGUGUACCUGUUUGAUAUACAGUGGAUGGUAAAUGUGACUGAGUUUUAAACCUGUUCUGCCACAGCAAAUUAUUUUCAGCAGGGUGUUUUUGAUUUUCAGCUGUCAAGGCAUUUGUAACACUAACCAGGAACAUCCUUGUGCAGAUGAGCUAUGGAUGAGCUGUGCUUUAAUUUUUGUUCAGUGAGGUUACAGGAAGAAAGCUGUUUAAUUGUUUUUUUUUAGAGAAUUAAGAUGUUUCUGUAGUGAUGGAUUACGUUUUUGAAGGAUAUCACACUACAGGAAUAAUUUGAGAGCCUAUUGUUUGUUCUCUUUCUAAUUCAUUUAGUAACGCUUACAUGAAAAUAAAUAAUAGGGACACUAAAGCAGCAGUGGGAACAGAGUGAACCUCAGUUUAUUAUGGGUGGAAAGUGGACUUCAAAAGGCAAAUUUGUGCCGAGGUAGCAUUUUUGAACGAUUCCAAUUCUUCAGUUUUUUAGAAGAAAAUAAGAUUAUUUUUUAAACAAGGCAUGUUGCAGGUCUCCAAACAAGCAUAUUUCCAUUGAUCAUUUGCCAGCAAUUACUAUAGGGGUUCGAGUUUGGAAGAUCCCAUCAGCGUGAUAUGGAAAAGAGCAUGUUGGAAAAGUGUUGAAGAUUAAUGGAACUGACUGAGAUCAGGUUUAUGAUUAUAUCUCUCUUGCUGAGGUUCGGCAGAGUUGGAAGUAACAAUUGUUAAGAUGGAUGAUCCAUCUAAUCAGUCUGAAGUGUGGACUGAGUACCGCAAGGCUGUGUAUAAAGUGAAUCGUAGGUGACAAAGACCAUUUUGCCAAUCUGGUCAUACGUCAGUGAUUCUAAAGAUCUUGUGCCAUUCAGGGUCUCUUACUAAGCUUUGCAUUUAACAAAAAUGUGGCCCUUCUGCAAAUUUCAUUUUUUUAGAAUUUAUAUGAAGAACCUUCAAGAUAAACUUUUGUUUGAGACAAUUCAUUUUUUGUUUGGAAAGUUUAAGAUGGUGCCAACAGUUCAGCAUAUGUGCGUUAAAAGAAUGCACAUCAUAUUUCAUUGUUCAGUAUGUGGAUCAGGAGCAAAGUGAGAAAUAAUUGCACUGAAAAAGUGAAGAAAUGGGGUUCUGCUGAUAGAUGGGAUAGACUCGAUGGGCCAAAUGGUCUCUAUGCUGAGAAAAUAUGAAACAAUUUAGAAAUACUAACAACUUGCAUAUUAAAAAUAGUGGUGGAAAGAAUUUAAAAUAUUUGAACUGGUGAAAAUGUUUGGAAAGGUUAACCACCGAAACAUGAAGAUGUUGAUGACAACAGUUUUUUUUUCUUUGGUAUAGCUUGGUUCUUUAGUAAUUUUUGUUCUUCUCAUGAACAACAGUUAGUUCCUUGUUGUUUGGAAUCCCAUUGAAGGCAUUCCCCACCAAUGCUUUGUUCAAGUGACCACUAGUCAGGCUGGAGCAAUACUUCUGGACAAGUCAUUUGAGCCCUGAUCUGUUCUUGGUUCAAUCAGUUAUAGCAUGUAUUUGGGACUCUCGCAGUCAUCCCAAGUAACUGAGUCUGAAUACUCGUCUCAUGCAGAUCAGGACAGGACCAAGCAUGCAAAAACAAAAUCCAACUAAUGUUUCCACUUCCCCUCACACCAAGUACUGUCCAGGUAAAUUAGGUAGAAUUACGUAGCAGAAGUUAAGGGGACCAAAAGUUGACAAAGUCUGAGGUGUUGCAAACUGCCAUUCUAUGAUUUUCGGAGAUAUUUCUCUCCAGAGAUACUGCCUGUCCUGCUGAGUUACUCCAGCAUUUUGUGUCCAUCUAGGAUUUUUGUGCAUAGCAGCUGCGCAGUAUAUGAAAUACUGUUCAUUAAACCGUAAGAAUUGGAAGAUAGUCACCACAGCCUCCAAGAAAGGGGGAGAAAUGCAAACCUGGGGAAACAAGGCUGGUUAGUUGAGGAUUCAUCUCGGGAAAAUGUUGGUAUCUGGGAUAUGGGGCAGAGAAGAUGGAAAAUCAGAAUAUGGUUUUGUGAAAGUAGGUUUAUGACAAGAUAUGUUGGGAGCUUUGUACUACAAGAUGAUAGGGAUUUUCAAAAGGCAUUUGGGCAAGUGCCUCAUUAUAUUUGUUGCACAAGAUUUGAAUAAUGUAUUAUUGUGGAUUGGUUAAUGGAAGGAGAAUGGAGCAAAAAUGAAUGGAUCUUUUUCAGAAGAGUGGAGUGGAAAUAUUUUGGUUUCACAGGAAUCGAUGCAUGAGGUGCUUUAAACGUGUUUCAAUGUCUCUGGUGCCUCGACCAAGUCUUUGCUUCCAAUUGGUCCGAGGCAAGUCUUUAAGAUGAUGUAGAUGCAGCGAUGGCAUGUAGUCUAAGGAAAUGAUAAGAAGGUGAAAAGUGGAGUAAAAUCUGGACAGGUGUUUAGUUAGUACUUUAAUCGGAAGAGUCCAACUGUUUUUGUAAGUUUGAAAAUUAGUAUGUUGCAGGGGAACUUGAGUGUAAAGGUAAGGAGGACUUGCUGCAGACACAAAAUGUUGGAGUAACUCAGUGGGACAGGCAGCAUCUCCGGAGAGAAGGAAUGGGUGAUGUUUCAGGUCGAGACCCUCAAGUUCUCACUGCAAUUAUAUCUAAUGUAUUUUGAAUGGUUUGGGUUUCUCUAAAAGCAAGGCGUACUUAAGGGAUUCAAAACUUCACGAGAUUAAUUCCUCGAGUGAAUGGGUAGUUUGGUAAGGAUUUGAGAGCAUGGCCCAUGUACAGAGUGUGCAAAAGUUAACUUGUAAGAUUCUUGAAGUGAUUCCCAGGGUGUGAGCUGAGAUACCUUCUGUAACUGCAGGGUGGACAAUGAGAGGACAUAGUUUCAGAAUCAAAGUUCAGCCAUUUGGUACUGAGGCUGAGAACCUUUGGAAUCCUCUAUACCAGUGGUCCUGGGUAUAUAGUCAAUGAGGGGACUCAAUGGUGAGAGAGAAGCUUUCAAUAGGACAGGAAAGGGUAGUUGAGAAAAGGUUAAUCCAUAAUCUUGUUGAAUGAUGAAGCAAGCCUAGGCAGGCUGUAGAGUUACCUGGGCAGUAGCCAGUGUGAGGGGAAAUAGAAGACUCAGUUGAAUUUUUUUAAUUUAAAAUUUAAAAAAAAAUGUUUUGCAAGCUUGAUCCUGAUCUGAUACCAAUACAUGAAAUGAGUAUCCAGACUCAGUUACCCAGAAUAUCUGUAAGAGUUCCAAAAACAGCAUUUAAAGCUGUUCGUAGAUCAAGAAUUAGGCCAGAGAACUGGGCAAGUUGUGCAUACAUCUAAACUCGUGUUUUUUUAAUUUGAAAGUUAAUUCAAGAUGUGAGCCCAUAAUACAUCAGUCAGAUACAGUAACCCAACAGGGGGUCAACCUUGUGAAUUGACAUCUUGACUCUUGAGACUGAAUCUGGUCCUCGGGAUCUGUGACUGUUUUGGUAAUAUUCUACCACAGUUUAUAGUUUUGCAAAAUAACCAUUAAAUAACUAGCUUAGAUUGUAUUUCCAAAGUGAAGAUCAAGAUCUGUAUCGAAUUUGCCAAUAUUCUACCAUCGUUUUUUAUUUUGCAAGGUGAUCAUUUAAUAACUCUUGUUUCAUAUCAUUUCUAAACUAAAAGAUAAUGAAUUAAAGUUAGUGAACAACAAAAGAGAAAGUGUGCAGCAGCAGAGGGCAGUCAUUUACAACAUGAGCAAUCCACUUAUAAUGGCAUUAAUUGCAUAAUGGCAGUAGGUUUUGAAAGUUGUUGACCAUUGUGGAUUCCUACAUUAAAAAAAAAAAAAAGUAUAUGUCUGUACAUAAUGCAUUAUAUAGAAACUCUCAGGUAUUUGUGUGUUUUGUGACCAUUUAGUCAGGAUUUUUACAUUUAUCAACCAAAAUUAGGGCAUUUGGCUGCUUCCUGGCAACUUGAUUAGGUAACAGCAUUACAGACAGCAUUUGAAUCUUGCCUCAGUCACAAUCAAAAACUUCCUUUUAUUUAUCUGGUAACAAAGCCCAAUUAUACUUUUACGGAGGCUGCAUCAUUUUUUUUGAAAUUGGAAAUAUGAGAUUGUGGCAGAAGUUGGUUUUGAACGCUGUUACGACAAUUGACUUCACACAUUACAAAUCAUUGCUUUUGAUCUGUUCGAGUGGCUGCUCGGCUGUCUUUAUAGCAGUCUGUGAUCUAUGUAUUUGUAUAUUGUAUUUGCACCGUUACGCAGUAUAGUUGUUACUUUUCCCUUUGAACGUCAUAUUUAUUUGUUUUCGUGUGCACCAGUUUUGUAUGAACAUUCCUCACCCGCCUGCCUUAGUCUGUAGCUCGCAUGUCUGUGCCACUCAUAGUUAUAGUUCUGCAUCUUGUCCAUUCCACAUUUGUCUCUUGGCUGCCUGAUUUCUGCUGAGCAAUGACACACUACAGAAGGAUGGGUCUGUUCAUAAAGCGACAGCUUGAAAAAAAAACUUUCCUAUCUUGUACUUUGCAAUAUCUUAAAGCUGAUCAAAGAAGCCAGUAAAAUAUUUUAAAAUUCUUCAGGUUGCUCUGGCCAAACAGCACAAAGUAACAUUUGCCACCUGCAAGUGUAAGUUGUUAGUUAUUCUACACUAACAUAUCUGUUGUCUUUGCCUAUUUGUUUUUUUUUUAAUAUAAAAUGUGUUCAUUGUACAUUGUCUUGCCUAGAAAAUGUAACAUUGUGAAACUAUUUAACAUUAAAUGGCUGCAGGCAAAGUAACCGUUGACUUGUAACUAACUUCAUCACUGGUACUAAGUAUGAUUGAACAAUUUAUUUCCAAUUGUACCAAACAAUGCUGAGCGAUGGAUUUUUUUUUUUAAUAUAUGAAGAUUGUAUAAUUAAUUUUGUCACUAUUAAAAUCCGCACCAUGUAAUUUGAUUAAAACUGAUAUUUUCACUGAUGAGAUUUUGUUCCCCAAAACUCGGCAUGUUGUGUUAAAAGCUAUAGCAGUUAGUGAUCAACUUAUUGUGGUUAUGUGCAAUGUAUGUUUCACCAAACUUGUACCCAUCUUUAUGUGCCCAGUAUUAUCUAGAAGGUAAUCUAACAAUGGUCCCCGUUGUCUACUUUCUAGAGCUGCUCUUUCCACAGGAGCUGGAUGUAGCAAUCAUUCACUAAUGUCACUUGUCAACUAAACAUGAUAAUGUUGUACAAAAUAUGAAUGUUAUUGUUAACUGCCUUUACAUUCACUAUAUGCAUUCAGUUGUUUUUUUUAAUAUUUAAUCCAGUUGAAAUAAAGUGCGAAAAUAAGAU